AUGACGACCCCCAACCUGAAAGAUGAAGAGCCUAUGCAAAUCGAGCAUACCACCCACGACGAUGUCUUUGGAGAGAUCACGGACGAGGGUCCUAACUACCGCAAUGUCGGGUUCGUAGGAACCGUCGUUCUCAUGAUGAAGACCCAGAUUGGCAUGGGUGUUCUGGCCAUCCCGUCUGCCCUGGACGUCCUGGGUAUGGUCCCGGGCGUUAUCUGUCUGGUUAUCGUUGCCUGUAUCACCACCUGGUCCGGCUAUAUUAUCGGCACAUUCAAGCUUCAGCACCGUGAAGUAUACAGUAUCGACGACGCUGGUCAGAUAAUGUUUGGCCUGCCAGGCCGGAUUAUCCUCUCGGCUGGAUUCUGCCUUUACUACAUUUUCAACAGCGGCUCCGCUAUUCUCAGUCUCUCGAUCGGCCUCAACGCUGUCUCGACGCAUGCUACAUGCACUGCUGUUUUUGUCGCCAUUGCCGCCAUCGCUGGGUUUGCCUUCUCUAGUAUCCGGACUCUAGGCCGAAUCACUUGGCUUGCAUGGAUCGGCCUGCCAUGCAUCCUUAUUGCAAUUAUCAUGGUUACCAUUGCUGUUGGUGUGCAGGAUCGCCCCGAUGCUGCACCGAAAACAGACGGCCCUUGGGUUUCCGACUGGAAGGUUGCUGGCAAUCCUACCUUUGCAGAAGGCAUUGCGGCCGUUUCGAACCUCUUGUUUGCCUUUUCUGGAACGCCUGGAUUCUUCUCGAUCGUCUCCGAGAUGCGCGACCCCAGCAAGUACCCGGGGGCCAUGAUCAUCUGCCAGUCCGGUGUUACGGCCGUAUACCUUGUCAUCGGCUGCGUUGUUUACUACUACUGUGGUUCAUACGUCUCGUCACCAGCUCUCAGUUCGGCCGGUGCCCUUAUCAAAAUCAUCAGCUACGCCUUUGCCAUACCGGGUCUUCUCGCAACCAUGACCAUCGUCACACAUAUUCCCUCAAAAUUCAUCUUCGUCCACAUUCUCCGAGGCUCCCGGCACCUAAACUCCAACUCCCCAAUUCACUGGGCGACCUGGCUCGGCUGCACCUUCGGGAUCACCCUCAUUGCAUACAUCAUUGCUAGCGCGAUUCCCGUCUUCGACGCGCUCGUCUCGCUCAUCGGUGCCCUUCUCGGCCCUGUCAUGUGCAUCCAACCCAUGGGCUGUAUGUGGCUGUACGACAACUGGUCCAAGGGCAAGAACGAGCCGAAGAAGAGUAAGCGCUGGAUGCUUUUGGUCGGGUGGAGCGUGUUUCUUGUCGUCAUAGGUACCUUCUUGAUGGUUGCUGGUACUUAUGGCUCUGUCAAGGGUAUCAUGGACGUUUACAAUGAGAGCGGAGGGUCGAGUGCCUUUUCUUGUAAAGACAACUCGAACUCGGUUUAG